AUGGGAGAUCACAAAGUGGAUCAAAAUGGCCCUAUGCGGGUGUUGGUGACUGGGGGGACUGGUCUGGUGGGCAGGGCCAUAGAACAUGUGGUCAAAGAAGAGGGAGGGGCCAGGGAGGGAGAGGAGUGGAUCUUCCUCUCGUCUAAGGACGCAAACCUCAUGUGAGAGCUACACACACUCAUACAUAGACACACACACACACCUGACCCAACACUCCCUCUCCUGCCUCAGUCCUAGCUCUGGGUGGCUUUGUAGCCCAGCCUAUGAGUUCCUGUGUUUUUGAAAAAUCAAAUCAAAUUUGAUGUCACUUACACGUGUUUAGCAGAUGUUAUUGCGGGUGUAGCGAAGUGCUUCUAGCGCCGACAGUGCAGUAAUAUCUAACAAGUAAUAUCUAACAAUUUCACAACAUAUACCUAAUACACACACAUCUAAGUAAGGAAUGGAAUUUAAGAAUAUAUACAUUCCAAGCUGACGUGUGUGUGUGUGUGUGUGUGUGUGCUCCCUCAGGGACAUGGGAGAGACGCGGGCAGUGUUUCAGAAGCACCAGCCCACCCAUAUCAUCCACCUGGCAGCCAUGGUGGGAGGGCUCUUCAAGAACAUGAGGGCCAACCUUGACUUCUGGGUAAGUGGUUCAGGAGUUGUGAUGACAGAGGCUGAAUCCCGAUUCUCCACAUAGUUCCCGACGUGUGCACUUGCACAAUUUUCUCACAUUACUUUUACAAUGGUGGAAACUCCCUUCAGCCAAUGCUUUUUUACCAAUCCUAUGUUUUAAAAGUUCACACUUCUGAAAAAGGCUAGAGGUACAGGAUGCAGAUUUUGACAAUGUUUAUUUACCAACUUGGGCUACAUCCCUAUUGGCACCCUAAUCACUCACUAUAGGCCCUGGUCAAAAUUGUACACUAUAGUGAAUAGGGUGCCAAUGGGGACUCGACCUUAUUCAUCCAUCCAUGUGUGAUUUUGAUCAUGUUUAUUUACCAAUGUAUUCAUCCAUCCAUCCAUCCAUAUUCUCCAGAGAAACAACAUCUACAUCAAUGACAACGUUCUGCAGGCAGCACACGAGGUAGACGCUGUCAGGGUGGUCUCCUGUCUCUCCACCUGCAUCUUCCCUGACAAGACCACCUACCCCAUCGACGAGACCAUGGUAACAACUUGUGUGUGUCUGUGCGUGUGUGUUGCAGACAUGAUGGUAGUUGACUCUCUCUCUUAUUUAUUUUCUUCCAGAUCCACAACGGCCCUCCUCAUGAGUCUAACUAUGGCUACUCGUACGCUAAGAGAAUGAUCGAUGUCCACAAUAGGUGUGUUCUUCUUUUAUUUAAAGAGAUUCUCCGGUACUUUUGUUUACUUUUUAGCCAGUAGUUCUGAAAGUAGCGCUCACGAGCCAAAAGUGGUCCUAUGUCACAUGUGCAAUAUGUACACCACGUCAUUGCGCUUUCUCUCGCUCUGCUGUGUGCAUCUUCCUAGCUGUCACUCAAAUGGUGAGGGGCUAAAGCUGAUAGGCUGAACUUGAAUUGCAAGGGGGCUGGCCUACGAGGGGAAAAUCUAGGGGAAAUGGCGCAGCACAGCUUCUAGAAAACAGUCGCUUUCAAACUAGGGAUUUUGUGGCUAAUUGAGGUAAGAGUAAUUCUGCUCAUAGAUUAUGCAUGUAUGAACUACACAUUGGAGCACGUCUUUAACCUUUAUUAGAAGAGACCAGAGGGGUAUACUAUGAUUUGAAGCUAGGGUUUUCUAAAGCUAGCCAGCUUCAGGUAGCUUCACAUUCCAGCUCUGGCUUCAUCCGUACUACGACCAUGGAAAUUGCUUGUCCGCCUGCCGCUAACUCUAGCAGGCUUGUAACUGCGCGUGCAUGUCGCACGUGGCUAGUCGAACGCGGAACCCUUCAUUGAGAUGAUGCUGAAACAUCAAUCCAUGGGCGAGUCAGUGCACAUUUUAUCUUGCAAAUUCAGCAGGCAAUGGUGUGAAAUCAGGCUUGUUGAAGUGCUGUCUUUAUUUUACUUAUUUUUAAUGCAGUUUUUGGUGUACUUAUCAAUGUUAGUUCUGAAGGAUUCGUUGCCAUAGAAAUUUACCAGGAUAAACGGUGAGCCACUUUAGUGGUACCGGUUAUCCCGAGUUGAACUCAGAGUUGACCAAAGUUACCUCUAACUCCUCAAACCAUGUACGUAGUACACAUGGCCAAAAGUAUGUGGACCCUUCAAAUGAUUGGAAUCUGCUAUUUCAGCCACACCCGUUGCUGACAGGUGUAUGAAAUCAAGCACACAGCCAUGCAAUCUCCAAAGACAAACAUUGGAAAUAGAAGGGCCCAUACUGAAGAACUCAGUGACUUUCAAUGUGGCACCGUCAUAGGAUGCCACCUUUCCAACAAGUCAGUUCGUUAAAUUUCUGCCCUGCUAGAGCUUCCCCAGUAAACUGUAAGUGAUGUUAUUGUGAAGUGGAAACGUCUAGGAGCAACAACUGCUCAGCCACGAAGUGGUAGGCCACACAAGCUCACAGAACAAGACCCCAGUCUGUCCUCGUUUGCUACACUCACUACUGAGUUCCAAACUGACUCUGGAAGCAACGUCAGCACAAGAACUGUUCGUCUGGAGCUUCAUGAAAUGGGUUUCCAUGGCCGAGCUGCCGCACACAAGCCUAAAAUCACCAUGCACAAUGCCAAGUGAUGGCUAGAUUAAUGUGAAGCUCGCUGCCAUUGGACUCUGGAGCAUUGGAAACGCGUUCUCUGGAGUGAUGAAUUACAAAGCGAGGUCCAUACAGAAAUGGUUUGUUAAGAUCGGUGUGGAAGAACUUGACUGGCCUGCACAGAGCCCUUACCUCGACCCCAUCGAACACCUUUGGGAUGAAUUGGAACGCCGACUGCGAGCCAGGACUAAUCGUCCAACAUCAGUGCCCGACCUCACUAAUGCUCUUGUGGCUGAAUGGAAGCAAGUCCCCGCAGCAAUGUUCCAACAUCUAGUGGAAAGCCUUCCCAGAAGAGUGGAGGCUGUUAUAGCAGCAAAGGGGGGACCAACUCCAUAUUAAUGACCAUGAUUUUGGAAUGAGAUGUUUGACGAGCAUGUAGUGUAUAUGGCUCUGUGGUCGUGUUCGUGGGUUAUGUUGAUGUGUGUUUGUCUUGCAGGGCGUAUCACCAGCAGCAUGGGCGGUGCUACACAGCAGUGAUACCAACCAAUGUGUUUGGUCCUCAUGAUAACUUCAACAUUGAGGAUGGACAUGUACUACCAGGUCUCAUACACAAAGCCUACAUCGCUCAGAGUAAGAUAACUACACAACACUCACUAAUAGCUGUAUAUCUAUUUCUUUAUUUUUCAGCCAACUGUAGCCUGCUGUCUUUUUUGGUCUGUAUACUGCAAUUCAGUUUAUAGCUGGGAAUGUAUACGAAACAGUGAUAACAUUUAUUCAAUGUAUAAAACCUAUACAGUAUACCUCCCUACAUUAAUCUGUAUACACACAUUCCACUAUAACUAUAACCACUAUACUUUAUUACAAAUAAAAGGUCUUAAAGAGUUUUUGUUGCAUCAAGAAAUGAUUUUAUAAAAAUUUCAACAAAGCCGAUACCAGUCUGCAGAGUGGCACCCCGUUCUUCCUCCCUCACGUCACAUUAUAUACCAUCAUCCCCAACUCUUCUAGCUCUAAAUCCCUCCCUCUUCAGUUUCCCGCUCUUUAUCACUCAUUUUACAUUUUAGUCAUUUAGCAGACGCUCUUAUCCAGAGCGACUUACAGUUAGUGAGUGCAUACAUUUUAUUUUUAUUUUUUUCAUACUGUGGGAAUCGAACCCACAACCCUGGCGUUGCAAACGCCAUGCUCUACCAACUGAGCUACAUCCCUGCCGGCCAUUCCCUCCCCUACCCUGGACGACGCUGGGCCAAUUGUGCGCCGCCCCAAUGGGUCUCCCGGUCGCGGCCGGCUACGACAGAGCCUGGAUUCGAACCAAGAUCUCUAGCGGCACUGCUAGCACUGCGAUGCAGUGCCUUAGACCACUGCGCCACUCGGGAGGUACACUCCACACCCACUUCCUUUGUCCCUGAGGACGGCUGAACUAUUACUCCAACCAAUCACUCGCUCCCCUGUCUUGCACACACACUCAUGUUUAGUUUAAACAUGACUAGGCCCUAAAUUCUUGAGUCAUACACAAACCUCACCCCCUCAUGCUGUAAUCAAUCAAGAAGAUACCAAGGAGACAAAGGUCUAGCCCAAACUCUAUUCAAUCCUGGUGCCGCUCCCUUCACUGUGUCUGAAGAGAGAGACAAAAGGCCACAAGCUAGUUUCAGUCUCAUCAGAUAAGACAGCCAUGGAUUUAAGUAAGAGCAAGCAAUCUGACCCUAAGGCAGAUUCCCUCUCUACUCACCCACACAGUGAAAUUAAAUGACCCAAUACAAUUCCUGGCCCAGUAACAAAGAAUUCUAACUUUAUGCUCUUGAUUAACCCAGUUCUACCUCAUAGUCCAUUAAACUCUACAGUUCAUUAAUAAUAAUUCACCACAGAAGCAGUUUAAGCACCGCCUUCGCCCAAUCCUAAUACGUCCAAUUAACCAGUGACGAAACCCCCCAAAAACGGAACUAAUGCUGCUCGGAUCUCACACAUCCCAUUCAGCCCUGGUAGAUUCUCUCGAUGUACACGCAGAAUCUGCCCACGGGAGAUUACAUUUCUUCUAACAAGCCUUUACUCAUCCGUGUUUGUUAGAGGAGGGCAGUCCGUUGGUGGUGUGGGGCUCAGGAUCUCCCAGAAGGCAGUUCAUCUACUCGUUGGACCUGGCUCAUCUCUUCCUCUGGGUGCUGAGAGAGUACUACGAGGUGGACCCCAUUAUACUGUCUGGUGAGCACACGCACUCUCUCUCACUCACACACACACACACACACACAUUAAACAACAACAUUUUCAGGAUUCAGUGUUGUCUCCCUCUCUCGCUUUGUAUUUUAGUUGGUGAGGAGGAGGAGGUGUCCAUCAAGGAGGCAGCAGAGGCUGUCGUCGAGGCGCUGGGGUUCAAAGGUCAAGUGACUGUAUCCUUUCACCUGGCUGCAUGGCCAGAUUAUAACGCUAACACACACCACACACACACACACUAUCUCACACGCACAACCUCCCAGUGGCAGCCCUGUGUGUUUGAUUCCAUAACCAAGACCUCCAGUAUGACACGACCAAAGCGGACGGUCAGUUCAAGAAGACCGCCAGCAACGCCAAGCUGCUGCGGUACCGCCCCAACUGCACCUUUACCCCCUUCAAACAAGGUACCUACUUCUCCAACGCCAGUCAUUUUGAAAAACCCAAAAAGUAGAUUGCCGAUUUUAUUUGCACAUUGAACAAUGUUGUGCGCCGUAGUUCAAAAACUCUGUUUGUUGUGCUAAAACAAUGUUGUAUCUGUAUUCGGCCACCUUUUUAUUAACAUUCGCAAUUGACAUAUCAAGUUCUGCAAAUAAAGCUGUUUGGUUCCUGUUGCUGA